CAAUCUUUCGCUGAGCUUUGCUUGAGCCAAUUCUUGACUCAAUUUCCUCCCGUUUGGCGGUCUCUCCCGACAGUUUCUUGCACCCAUAUCCGGAGCUUUCAAUCGCCCAGCUGAACAAACGCCAUCAACCUUGGGCGAUUUUUUUUCGAAAUCUUCUUUGUGCCAAUUUUCAUCCUACAUCCCGUAUUGUCAUUCUCUGCCAUAUUUAUCAUCCUGUCUUGUCAUCAGAGAAUCGCGAUGCCGACUACGGUGGAAUGGCUCAAACUACAUAUCAUUCAAAUACGACAACUACAACAGAGCGAUGGCUACCACGAAGAUGAGGAUGUUUUCAUCUACCUAGGCGACUAUCUCGAUGGAAACCUGACUUCCAAUGAGACCGCGGUAUUAAUAGCUGCGCCUGUGCUGGACGACCCCAACCCACCCACCAAACUGUAUCGCCUCAUGGGAUUACUGUGCGAAGCCCUGGUAGAGUUGAGCGAUGAGCGCGAGAAGCUGCUAAAUCUUCUCGAAUCCAUUCAGGAACUACCGCCCGGCGCAAUCAACUGGGCAGUUCUCCCUGGACUUCGAAACAUGUGGAGUGACUUGUAUCGGCCUCAUAUGCGUGGCCUGAACGGCUGGGAGAUAAUAGGAGAGCCAAUACCUGAGGACAAACAGGCCAAAGUACGUCAACAUUAUACCUCGAUUGGUACAGUAGAAGCCAAACUGUACGUUCGAGGUCUCGGCGGCGUAACAGAAAACUGGGGGUACGAGCUCUUGAACCUGGCUUGCUUGAGGCGUCCAGGGCUAGAAGUUGUCGUGGGCGAGAUACAUGCUUGGCUUACCGUAGCCGGGACAAAGCUGUUGAAAGAUUUGAACCCAGAGGAGGUGAGGAAUUGGUCAAGGCCUGUGCUUGGCGGGCAACCUGGACAGCAGCAUGCUGUCCAAGGCACGAUGGCACAACACUGGGAAACUUGGCGACGCACGCUGUUGCAAGUGAGUGAAGAGCAGGAUCUUCUAUCGGCUGAGGCUAGGAAACUUGCAAGAGAGUGCCAUUUGUUGAUGCAGGGGCAUAUAUAGAUAGACAAGCUUUGAGCAAUCGGUAUCGGGACUUGGAGCGACUUGAUUUACAACAUCGACAGUAAUAUUGGGUAAAGGGUGAAGAUUGGUUUAUUAACAGCCAUAUCCAUUGAAAAUGACAUAUACAGUAUAGAUGGACUUGAUUCAUGGUAUAAAUCGCAUUCGCGUGAUUCAUAACCUGCC